GCAGCAGCCGCGUUUCUACCGCGUCACGGACUCGGCCCCACGCCACCCCCGCCGGCUUGUAGACGGCGAAGAGCCCGCUCGGCACCGCCGCCAUGCCGGAUCCCCCCCGCUUCCCUCCCGUUCCCGGUCGGCUCCGCUCCGCCCCGCCGGGUCCUUCCGGAGGCUGAAAGGAUCCGGAUGCUGAAGAGCUCCCGAUGCUGCCGCUACGGGUGCGGCGGGUGGGGGUCCUGCUGCUGCGGGCAGGUCCCUCUCCCCCAGGCAGAGCCUGUCUGAGCCACAGGACCCAGGAUGGGCGCAGCGGGGAGAAGGAGGAGGAGGAGGAUGAAGGGUGCUACCGGCUGUACCCCGGGCACAUCCCCACCAGCCCACUGCAGAAGGCGCUGCUGGCUGCCGGCUCGGCGGUGAUGGCUCUCUAUGAUCCUUACCGACACGACAUGGUAGCAGUCCUUGGGGAGACCACAGGCUGUCUUGCCCUGCCCAACCUGCGAGACAAGAUGAAAAACCACCCUGAAGGAUACCGCAUCCUCCAGGAAAGGCCUCGCAUCCGUCUCUCUACCCUGGACAUGGCCAGACUGCAGGGACUGCCAGAUGGCUCCUUGGGACGAGAGUACGUCCGGUUCUUGGAGGACAACAAGGUUUCUCCAGACACCCGAAUGCCCCCCAAGUUCAUUGAUGAUGAAGAGCUGGCAUAUGUGAUCCAGCGGUACCGGGAAGUCCACGACCUGAUGCACACCCUCCUGGGCAUGCCAACCAACAUGUUAGGUGAGGUUGUGGUGAAGUGGUUCGAAGCCAUCCAGACAGGGCUGCCCAUGUGUGUCCUGGGAGCAGCGUUUGGCCCCGUCCGUCUCAGUGCACGAAAGCUGCAGGUCCUGGCCACCGAGCUGGUCCCCUGGGCGAUUCGGAGUGGGCGCAAUGCCAGCUGUGUCCUGAACAUCUACUACGAGCAGCGUUGGGAGCAGCCAGUGGAGUCCCUGCGGGAGGAGAUUGGAAUCUUCCCACCCCCGGCCAUUCGGGUGUGAGAGCUCAAGUGUGGGGGCACAGAGGGGCUCCCCGUGGGCAGACUGCAGCUCUCCUCUGCCACACUUCAUCUGCUGCAGCCCAGGAGUGCAGCGUGGCUCUGCUACCAGCCACUACGGACUUGGGGGCUGAGUUUUCUCCUGCCAAGAACUUGCACCCUCCUGUUGGUAAAGGCCAAGUGGCCUCUCUCUGUGUGGUGACAAAAGUUGACCCUUUUUGCUGUUUGUGAUUCAGUGGAGGGAUGGCAAGUCCUGCCAUGGUGUUGCUAGGUGAGGCUGGUUGCUUGGAUCCCCCUGGUAGCAGUGUUCUGGUUCUGAUGCUCUGAAAUGCUGGGGUGGGAAGGGAGCAGAGCUGGUUUACAGCAUGCUGAAGCAAACCACUGUCUUGGCCUUUUGCAGCUCUAGAGCUGUGUAGGUAAAUCCCAUCCUUCCCAGGAAGAUCAAGGAAGGUCUUGGAACCACCCUGUACUGGAGCUAAACUGAUUUACAGAGCAGCCCAGAAGCAGGUCUGGUGUGUGCAACAGUGAAAUCCCAUCUUGUACUGGUGCCUAACUGGUAUCCUCGUGGGUCUUAUGGGCUCUGCCUCAUGCCUUGGAGAGCAGCUGGUGUUGGACUGCAUGCCCACAGAAACAGGCAGGGAAAUACCUUUGGAUAGUAUCCCAGCUGGAUUGUUUUUUGGAGAGCUGAUCAGAGGCUGCCGUGUCUCCCUGUAGUCCCUCCCCAAGAAAAGCACUGAGGUUUUCAACAGGAGUCCUCCCCUCCUUGGGCAACAAAAUGACGUGAUUGGGAAUUAGGGACUGAAUCCUGGGAGCACAGAACCGGUGGCUGCUUGCCCUGUGUCUGGGAGCUGAUUGCUGUCUGGGUUAAUUAAAGAGAGCUCCUGACUGCCAGCAGCUAGAGUGCAGAGAGCUAGGAGGCAGGGGGCUCCUUGUACAUGUGGUUUUGCUGUUGAAUUUCUUCUUGCUUAAUAAAAUCCAUGGUGGA